AUGACAUCAGCCUCUGCGUCUUUCAUUUUGGCAGCUACAGAACCCCCCUCUUCUGUCUCGUCAGCAUCGGCUCCCACUUUCCUUGCCUCAGUGGCCACCUCUGUCUCGUCGAUGGAACAAUCCACAGCGGUCUCGUCAAUAGAACAAUCCACAGUGAGUGAGUCAGAUUUGGCCAGCAAAGAUGAUCGUUGUGCAGGGUUACAAGUUUUGCAGAAAGAGGAGCUGAUGGAAUGGAUCAAGGCUAGUGGGAAUGUCAUCACUAACCUGAAACAGCGGACGAAAAAAGAUCUGGUUGCCAUUAUCCUGGCCUUACCCAUCAAGAAACAGCCCUCCGAGGUGGAAGUCGAGUCUAUUAUGUCCAAGGCAAGUCACCCGCUAUAUCUUUUACUAAACUACUAA